AUGAAUAACCAGCUUCCUGAUAUAUACCCGCCUGGAACUGCGCUGACAGUGGGGUCUCAUCGAGCCCGAAUCAUCAAGUACCUCGCAAGCGGUGGCUUUGCUCACAUCUAUUCAGCAGAAAUUUCCCCAGCAGAUCCAGGUUUCUCGACUCGUGUGGCUUGCCUCAAGAGGGUUCUCGUACCCGACAAACCCAGUCUCAACGUGCUGCGAGCUGAGGUGGACGCCAUGAAACUUCUUCGUGGCAAUAAACACAUCGUGUCCUACAUCGAUUCUCAUGCUGCCAAAUCUGGAGGCCAGAACGGAUCUUAUGAGGUUUUCCUGCUCAUGGAGCUGUGCACUGGCGGCGGGCUGAUAGACUUCAUGAAUACCAGAUUGCAGAACCGCUUUCAGGAAGCAGAGAUUUUGAAAAUCAUGAGCGAUAUAACACAAGGCAUUACCGCAAUGCACGCACUUCUGCCGCCUUUGGUGCACAGAGACAUAAAAAUUGAGAAUGUUCUUAUCGCAGGAGAUGGGACUUUUAAGGUCUGCGACUUUGGCUCUGUGUGUGGAAUCAUCAGGCCUCCCAAAAACGGGCAAGAGUUCAAUUAUGUACAGCAUGAUCUCUUGAAAAAUACAACUGCUCAAUAUCGCUCUCCUGAGAUGAUUGACCUCUACCGCGGCUAUCCCAUCAACGAAAAAUCUGACAUAUGGGCUCUCGGGGUAUUUCUAUACAAGCUCUGUUAUUACACCACACCGUUCGAAAAAGUAGGCGAAGCCGCCAUCUUGCAUUCACGAUUUCAGUUCCCUGCAUAUCCACAUUACAGCGAUAAACUCAAAAAUUUGAUCAGUGUGAUGCUGUCACAAAAUCCAAUCCACAGGCCCAAUGUCUGCCAAGUGCUCGAGGAAGUUUCUCGCAUUCAAAACGUUCCGUGCCCUCUCCGCAAUUUCUACCUACUCAGAUCAAUGCAGGAGCAGCAAACAUUAAAAGUUCAGGUUUCCCUGCCGCAUUCCAUUUCUCAGCCAAAACUGGAUGCAUCGCAGGGCAUCAUGAAGGUAAAACCGGCUGCUGGCUUGACAUCCUGGAAAACCUUUACGAAAGGUGCGGGCAAUGAAAUACCAUAUGAGGGGCAGGCCCAGGUCAUCAAGCCACAACGAAGUAGAACCUCCCAGUUUGGAAAAACUUCCGAUCCUUUCAUGGCAAUUGACAAAUCGAGACUUUUGCAAGAUAAAAUCUCAAGAUUACCAGCCACCACCACAGCUGGAAACACUGUUCAUGCAAAAAGUCUUCCAGCAACAGGGGCGCUGUCGUCAAGAAGAUCAGAAAGUCCUGCGUUUGCUGGACGAGGUGAUAUAUCUAUGAUCGUGAGCGCAAAUCCCACGAGCAUCAAGCCAUCCUCAAAGUACUCCUCCACAGGUGAUUCCAAAGCUGUACCUGUGCUGAAACAAAGCUCUAUAAAAUUAUCGGCAUCUCCCAGGCGAUCGGAAGAUUUGGAAAGUCAAUACACUGGAGACAGCUUUGACAGAAAAGUUAUUCAGAAAAUCAAAAAGGUGUUCACUGGGGAAAGACGUUCGAUUUCACCUAUCAAGUCGAGGCAAAAUACUGGGGAAAGCGUCAAAUCAUCGUUUGCCACACUUCGUCGUGGCCUGUCCAGAGGUGGUAGUCUCAAAGGCGAUCAUCCAAAUAAAAGGAAUACGAGUGAGGUGUCUUUGGGACCACCGCCAUCCAACGGUCAUACGGCUCGAAUGUCUUCUUCCGACUCUAUAGAAGAGGAGAGAUUUGCAUUUCGGAGAACACACUCAAGAAGUAGCAGCAGUGCCUCGAUUAUAUCAGAUCUCGAAUAUCUAGAAGAGGAUGACACGGGUGCCAACGAAUAUUACAGGAGACGCUCACCAGUCAGGGUUGCGAAUGACAACGACUUAAGGUUUUCCAUUCAAAAGCGAGUACAGGAACUUCUCAAAAGCUCAGAAGAGUCGCCUGUUGUAAAAACUGCACAUGGCUAUGGGGAGCAGAAGGUCACUGAACAGAAAAAGCUCCCAUUACAGCUGACAAACGAAACGUUGCUUCAAAGCAUCGGAGAGUCGAGCCUUUCAACACCAAAAGCUUCCUCGCCUGGCAAUAGGCAAUCAAGCGUGGUGAUCACCAAAAUUGAUGACAGCUCAAAAGUGUCACCUAAUAUAUCCAAAAAAGUCCCAAGACCAGCGCAUGCCAAGCCUAAACGUCCCACUAAGCCCAUCCACCUAAGAGGCGACAAGCUCGUCAAAAAAGGUGGGGUUCAUGAUAAUGGGAAUCAGCAGUAUCUACUCGAGGUUGAGGAACUAGAAAAAGACUUCAGAACAAGGUUCCCGAGUGCAGUAUAA